AAGUGGGAGGCAGAGCCAGUGACCAAGGCAUUAAAGCAAGUUGGAUUUAGAGGCUAAAACUGGAAACGCUGCACAAGUUUUUGUUUCUCUCUCCCUCUCUCUCUCUCUUUCUGGUGCUUUUGUAACUUUGGAGAAGCCGGUUGCUUCAGGAUGAAGUUGGCUGUCUUGUGUCUGUGCUUCCUGCAUUUGGCAUUUGUGAGCUCCAGACUCUUUGCCCGUAACAAUCUCCAACCCACCCACAGCAGGACCCAGGCUGCACAGAGCACAGGGUCAAGAAACCAAGGCAGACUGAGACCUCUGUUUGCCAGGAGAGGACAGUACGAACGGCAGAGGAUUUAUGUGCCAAAACCCAGACGAGUCACUGUUCCUCUGGUAAAAAUCGCCCCUACUUCUCCUCAAAAUGCAUCAUAUCCUCUUAAGAUCAACUGCUCCGAGCUCACGCAAAGCUGCUUGCCCCACUCCGGCUGCUGUGACCCGUGUGCCACGUGCCACUGCCACUUCUUCAACGCGAUCUGCUACUGUCGGAGGGUGAGCUCGCAGUGCGAGAAGAAAACUUAGAUGAGCUGUGCAGAGAUGCCAUCACCCCACUUGGACGUGCUACGACGGUUUGCUCCAACACUUCAACGCACAAACUGAUGGGACAUUGGUUCAACUAUGGCUGCCUCCUGAUGAGCAUUCAUAGCAGUCUAAGAGACGAUUUGUGUACCUCUGGUGACAGGCGGCUGCUAGGGCUAUCCACCACAUGUAUAAGCUUAACUUCUUCUGUGAAUUUAUUUGAAAAGUACUUUCUGUGUAUUAUCAGUAUUAUCAUUAUCCACCGACUACCUACAUUGACCAGCCACAACAUUAUGACCACUGACAGGAGAGACAAAUAUAACACAAAUACAGUGUUAGGGAGGUGGUCACAAUUUGUGCCUGAGCCGCUUGUUUUAUAACGUAUUAUUAAUAUCAUUAUGUCUGUAACCUUAUGAACUACACAAAAGGUCAUUAUCUGAUUAAAGUUUUGGAAUCUGUAAUUUUUUUUGUCAUAAAUUCAUGAAGUCUUCA